GACAAUAGCGUGUCGCUGUCUAGUCUGUGUUUUCCAUGGCUUUGCACACACCGCCGAGCUCUAAUUGACUAAAUGUAACUUCUAGAAAGCUUUUCUUGACAUUUUUGUACCAUCACAUUUUUCAGGACAAGGCGGCGCUUGUAUUGUUUUGUUUAUAAAUGAUCACAAUUUAAAACACGGGUAUGGAGGUUGUUUCAAGUCAUCUGGCGCGUCAAUUGGUGAUGAUGAAUCUUGGUUGUAAAAAGUGUGGAAAAACGUCAAGUGCUGUUUGACCAGCAAGGCCUCUGCGGUGCCCUCUGCUGUUCGCCGGGCGAAUUACGUCUGCACUCCAACAUGGCGGCUCAGGCUCGCGCUGUGGUCUCAGGCCAGUGGCUAGCGGACGCCAUCAAAAACGGCCACGUCGGCUCCAAGAUUCGGAUCCUGGACUCGUCAUGGUACCUCCCGAUAACCAAACGGGACCCGAAAGCGGAGUUCGCCGAGAAGCACAUUCCGGGCUCGUCGUUUUUCGACAUCGACGAAUGCAGUGACCGCAGUUCGCCCUACGACCACAUGUUGCCCACCGGCGCCCACUUUUCUCGCUACGUGGGCGAGCUGGGCAUCGGCAACGACACCCACGUGGUGGUGUACGACACGAACGGCUUCGGGUCGUACAGCGCCCCCCGCGUCUGGUGGAUGUUCCGUCUGUUCGGCCACCGCUCGGUGUCGGUGCUGGACGGGGGCAUGAAGAACUGGUUGGCCGAAGGGCGCCCGGUGACGUCGGAACUCGUGAAGCCGGAGCGCAGAGAUUUCCAGGCGACCCCGAACCUUGCGUGGGUGAAGACAUACGAGGACGUGCUGGACAACAUCGGCUCCAAGAAGGUCCAGGUGGUGGACGCAAGGUCGGCCGGCAGGUACAGAGGGCUCGAACCGGAGCCCAGAGAGGGCACGCUGCCGGGCCACUUCCCCGGCGCAGUCAACAUGCCAUUCACGUCCUUCCUGGACGCCUCCGGAAAGUACCUUGCAAAUGAGGACCUGUCCAGACUGUUCACGGAGGCCGGGGUGAAACUGGACCAGCCGCUGUGGGCCACCUGCGGUUCGGGCGUGACGGCGUGCCUCGUCGUCCUGGCCGCGCACUUGCUCGGGCACCCGGGGGUGUGCGUUUACGACGGCUCCUGGGCCGAGUGGUUUAAAAGGGCGCCUCCCGAGAACGUCAUCUCAGAGGGAGACGGACGGAAAAUUUGAAGCGGGAAUCGACGCGGUUGUCACAAGCUUAGCGAAUCCAAAGUCACUAAUUGGUAAACAGGCUUUAACCGCCGAUUGCGUAGUUAAAAUCUUAUUUGUUUGAGCAGAGUUCCAGUCCAAGGUUGCAACAGUCUGCAGAAAUGUGCAGUCAAGCACUUUAUCUACCACCCUAUGCAAAUAAUCGAUUUCAAACAGUACAAGAAAUGCUUACAGUGCACAAUUAGUGGUUGUUUUUUUAAUCGACAAUCUUUUGUGCUGCCUGGAUUGCUGGUUCACGAGGAAAGUGCACUUUUUGAUAACAGGAGUUGCCUUUCGCAAAUCUGUCAUGAAAUCCAUGGUUUCAGUUUUUGUACAAAUGUCGCCCUCGUGGGUCAUUCUCUUUAUUCAUUCACUAGAAAAGUAAAUGAUCAUCUUUUUUUUUUAGAAGAGUUUGCAAGAGACUCAAUUGCGUAAUCUUGAAGCCGGUAGAAAUACAGAUGAUAUCACACUUUGUUAUUAAAUACAACUUGAAAUCUUG